AUGAGAAGCAUAGUUUCUCUUCUCUUGUUUCUAAUUGUGCAAACAAGUAUUACAUUAAUUUCGACUCAUUGGUGGAAGACAAGCGGCAACCCCAAAUUUGACGGGUUUCCCUUAUACGGCUUCAAAUGGGAUGAAUAUCUGCUAUCGAGUGUCUCCACGGCUUGCGUAACGGCAAUGACUCGUCUAGUUGACUGUCAUGAGCAAACGUACAUGCUUAUUGAUUUGCGGUGGAGGGCAGGUUUACAAAACGAUGCCUUAAGCGACUUGGUGUGCGUUAAGACCUGCGGUAAAUCGAUCCAAGCGUGGUUCGAAGCCGUCUCGCUCGACUGCGCCGACUACAAGGAGGAAAAUGUCCUCUUGACGAAACCCGGGGGCAUUCUGUGGGCCGGGUGGAACGAAACUUGCUUGAAGGAUCCUGACACUGGCCAAUACUGUGGUGGUAAGUCAGCUCUUCAUGUCAAGAGCAAAGGCUCCUCAGAAGUUGCGCUGACCGGUCUUUCCACAGACGUUAUUGACGAUUUUACCGUUGUAAAAACUAUCGACGAGAUGCCCACGGCCGAACUCUGCUCACACUGCUUCGUCAAGCGAUACGAGAUGAUGCAAUCAACUUCUUACUCUAUCUACGACAAAACAUACUAA